CAUACACAUUCCUAUCAAAUCCUAACAAUGGAGAAUCUCAUGGCUACUUACCAAGACGAAGAAGAAGAGGAAAUUACCGCCGACCCUGCUCCGUCAUCCGCCGUCGAAGCUCCGGUGACCCUUGAGGAAGUUCUGCAGGAAGUUGCAAAAAAAGGCAGUGUGGAUAAUCCAGAACCUGAAUCCGAUGUACCAUCUGCCGACCCGAAAAGUCCCUUGAAAUCCACCAAAUUGGAAGAAGAUAACGAUGAUGAAGAGGAGGAUGAGGAGGAAGAAGAGGAGGAAGUUGAUGAGCCACCGCCGAAGAAGCAGAAACAACUAUCCAGUUUAACCCUAGCAUCACCAAAAAUAGAAGAAGAAGAAGAGGAUUUGACGAAAUUACCCUUGUCAACACCUGCAACCGCUAAGGGAAUGGCGUCGUCUAGUAGCAAGAAGAAGGCAAAAUCCAAAUCGAAGAAGAAAAACAACAAUAACAACCUUUGGACGAAAUCCAGUUCGAGAAAAGGGAAGAAGAAGAACAAGAACAACACUAGCAACCAAAAAAGCAAUGGAAAGAAAAAUGGAGUCGUUCCAGAACAGGAAGCAGAAGAUAAAGUUUACAUUAUACCAAUUCCAAGGUUUCCAGACAAAAAUGAUGAUAGCCCAGAUGUAAAAAUCUGUCUUUCAAAGGUUUACAAAGCAGAAAAAGUUGAUGUAAGUGAAGAUAGAUUAACUGCAGGAAGUACAAAAGGUUAUAGGAUGGUGAGAGCAACAAGAGGGGUGUUAGAAGGAGCAUGGUAUUUCGAGAUUAAGGUAGUGAAAUUAGGUGACACAGGGCAUGCACGACUUGGGUGGUCAACAGAUAAAGGGGAUUUGCAAGCACCUGUUGGAUAUGAUGGGAAUAGUUUUGGUUAUAGAGAUAUUGAUGGUAGCAAGAUUCAUAAAGCAUUAAGGGAGAAAUACGGGGAAGAAGGAUAUGGAGAAGGUGAUGUUAUUGGCUUGUAUAUCAAUUUGCCUGAAGGUGCUCAAUAUGCCCCAAAACCGCCUCGGCUUGUUUGGUAUAAGGGACAGAGAUAUAUGUGUGCAGCUGAUCCUAAAGAAGAUCCUCCUAAAAUAAUUCCUGGGAGUGAGAUAUCUUUCUUCAAAAAUGGAGUUUGUCAAGGUGUUGCUUUCAAAGAUCUUUAUGGUGGUCGUUACUAUCCUGCCGCUUCAAUGUAUACACUUCCUGACCAACCUAAUUGCACUGUGAAGUUCAACUUCGGCCCGGACUUUGAAUGCUUUCCUGAAGAUUUUGCUGGGCGCUCUGUUCCAAAACCAAUGGUUGAAGUUCCUUAUCAUGGUUUCGAUGGAAGAGUUGAGAAUGGUAAUUCAUGGCAUUCAACUAGGAUGUGCCCCAUGCUCAAAGUGGUAAACGAACAUGUAAAUAAAAUUGGAGAAGCUGCUGAAAUGAUUAGCUAAGCUUGAGCAUUGCACUCAGGUUGGUUAUGUUUCAGCUUUUUGAAAUAGAAUGUAAGAGUAGUACUUGGUGUGGUAUCCUUGGUUGUUCCAACUUUUGUAAGUGGUAAACUACUGAGUGCUGGAGAAUGGAUGAUCACAGUCAUUUGGGUAGCCUGCUGUACAGUUUUGCUUUGUUGUUGACUUGUUGUAGUUGGUUGACCCUGAUUCUAGUCUUUAUUAGAUGUUCUCUGCUAGAGAAAUGUGCUCUCUGAUGAAAAGUUUUCAGUUGAUGAAUUUAGUGGUUACUGCUGUGAUCUGUUGCUUGA